AUGCUGCUGAAAGAGCCGGGUGUAGGUGCUGUGGUGCUGCUGCUCUGUGUCCAGGCUCUGCAUGGCUCUGCCCUUCCUGCUGUGUCCUCCUAUGAGUUCACUGCCUACAGGAUGCAACAGUACAACUUGUCUCAACAGAAGCACGGUUGCCGAGGAGCCAUUGUGGUAGCGGAGGCACGUGCAGCCGAGGAGCCGGUGCUGACCCGUCGUUGUGUCGUCAUGAAGGUGUCGGACUUCACCACAGAGAGAUACCUGGAGGCCCAGAGACAGAAUGCUGCUGCCGUCCUGAUCCUGCUGCCCAGAAACAUGUCCAGUAUCCCUGAAGACAUUGUUCAGUCCUUCAUGGUGAGUGAGAGUGAGACCUUGCUGACGGAGACGCUCAUGCCCGUGUAUGUGGUGCUUGAGGAUGAGCAGCUGCUGUACAUGUAUGAGGAGGUGAAGCAGGCCGCAGCCACCCGGACCUCAUCUAUAGUGAUCCGAGUCCUCCGGAGUAUGAUCACAGCUACAGCCUUUCAGAUCCUAGUGAGCAACAACGCCCCCAUCAAGCCCAUAACUGACACGACUAUUUCCACACUGGAGGGAGUGCUUCCUGGAGCCGGGGAAGAUGUACCAACGAUUGUGAUCACUGCCCACUAUGAUUCAUAUGGACUGGCCCCGUGGUUGUCUCAUGGAGCGGACUCUAAUGGCAGUGGGGUCACCAUCCUGCUGGAGCUGGCACGGCUCUUCCAGAUACUUUAUAGUAGCUCGAGCACCAGACCCCAAUAUAAUCUAAUGUUCUCCCUGACUGGAGGUGGAAAAUACAACUUUCUCGGCACAAAGAGGUGGAUUGAAGAGAAUCUGGACCACGCAGAGUCCAGCCUGCUCCAUGACAACGUGGCGUUUGUCCUGUGUUUGGACACACUGGCCAACGCUGAUGAACUGUACAUGCACGUGUCCCGGCCUCCUAAACCCGACACUCCCAUGCACGCAUUCAUGCAACUCCUGGAGGAGGUAGUUUCCUCCAGAUUCCCCUGGGUGAAGCUGGGUUUGGUCCAUAAAAAGAUUAACCUGGUGGAGUCCACUGUGGCCUGGGAGCACGAGCGCUACAGCCUGCGCCGAAUCCCUGGAUUCACUCUGUCUCACCUGGACGACUCCAAAUCGGAGCAGCGGGGCUCAGUGCUGGACACAAUGUCACAGGUGGAUUUCAGGAAAAUGAAGCGCAAUGGAAUCAUCAUAGCAGAAGCGCUGGCUCAGUAUAUGUACAACCUUUCUGACAAAGGUUCACCCAAGGAUGUGCAGAUUUUCAAAGGCCCGCUGGACUUUCAGGACGGUCGUAUGUCCAGUCUGAUGUCCUUCCUGACCUCUGUUCCCCGGGCAACCCAGCUACUGGAUAAGGAGCCCAGUCACGUCUUUCUGGUCAACUCACUGGAGCAUGAAUUUAAACGCUACCUGCAGCAGGUCCACAGACACAACUUCCGACAGGACAGGAGGGACCCUGACAUCACCUUUUUUGAUCAGAUGGACCAACCAAUAGUGAUGUACAGAGUAAAACCUGCAGCGUUUGACCUCUUCCUUGGUGGCUGCAUCGCUGCUUAUCUGGGGAUUGUUUACUUUUCAAUACAGAAUUUUGAAUAUCUCUACAUAAAACUGAAAGCAGCAACGAAAUCCAAGAGCCAGUGA